AAACCCUAAACCCUAGAGACUUCUAGAGGCUCGUCCUCUCUUCUCUAAAACCCCCUGCACCCCGUCCUUCCUUUCCUCCGCUCCAUUCCCAUCUGAGUUCCGCUCGUCGCCAACGCUAACCCUGAGCUUACUCUUCUUCUUCCGUCAUCGCCAACGCUUCAAUCCACUUGUCUCCACCAUGUACCGUGCUGCGGCCAGCCUCGCCUCCAAAGCUCGGAUUGCCGGGAGCAGCAGCCGACAGAUUGGAAGUAGGCUUGGUUGGAGCAGAAACUAUGCAGCCAAGGACAUCAGAUUUGGAGUUGAAGCUCGUGCUUUGAUGCUUAAGGGCGUGGAAGAGCUUGCUGAUGCCGUGAAGGUGACUAUGGGACCCAAGGGCCGCAAUGUUGUUUUGGAGCAAAGCUUUGGCGCACCAAAAGUUACAAAGGAUGGGGUGACUGUUGCAAAGAGCAUUGAGUUUAAGGACAAAGUGAAGAAUGUAGGUGCAAGCCUUGUGAAGCAGGUUGCUAAUGCAACUAAUGAUGUUGCUGGUGAUGGUACAACGUGUGCUACUGUCCUUACGAGAGCAAUAUUCACUGAAGGGUGCAAGUCAGUGGCAGCUGGCAUGAAUGCAAUGGAUCUAAGGCGUGGCAUCACAAUGGCUGUUGAUGCUGUGGUGACCAACUUAAAGAGCAGGGCUAGAAUGAUUAGCACUUCAGAAGAGAUAGCACAGGUUGGUACCAUAUCAGCGAAUGGAGAAAGAGAGAUUGGUGAGCUAAUUGCCAAGGCUAUGGAGAAAGUUGGCAAAGAGGGUGUAAUCACCAUUGCAGAUGGAAACACUCUGUACAAUGAAUUGGAAGUUGUAGAAGGAAUGAAACUUGACAGGGGCUACAUAUCUCCCUAUUUCAUUACUAACCAAAAGAACCAAAAAUGUGAAUUGGAGGAUCCUCUCAUUCUGAUACAUGAGAAGAAAAUUUCAAGCAUUAAUGCGGUGGUGAAAGUGUUAGAGUUGGCCUUGAAAAAACAAAGGCCUCUACUAAUUGUUGCUGAGGAUGUGGAAAGUGAUGCCUUGGCUACUCUCAUCCUUAAUAAGCUUCGCGCAGGCAUCAAGGUCUGUGCCAUUAAGGCUCCUGGUUUUGGGGAGAACAGGAAAUCCAGCUUGCAUGACCUUGCUAUCCUCACUGGGGGUGAUGUUAUUACCGAAGAACUUGGUAUGAACCUUGAGAAAGUAGAAUUUGACAUGCUUGGUACAUGCAAGAAGGUGACAAUAUCAAAAGAUGACACUGUCAUUCUUCAUGGGGCUGGAGACAAGAAGGCCAUUGAAGAGAGAUGCGAGCAGCUGAGAUCUGCAAUUGAAGCAUCCACUUCUGACUAUGAUAAAGAGAAACUACAGGAACGGUUGGCGAAGCUUUCUGGAGGUGUUGCUGUCCUGAAGAUUGGAGGGGCCAGUGAAGCUGAAGUUGGUGAGAGGAAGGAUAGAGUAACUGAUGCUUUGAAUGCAACCAAGGCUGCAGUUGAAGAGGGUAUUGUGACAGGUGGUGGUGUUGCUCUUCUCUAUGCAUCAAAGGAGUUGGAGAAGUUGCAGACAGCUAACUUUGAUCAGAAAAUUGGAGUUCAGAUAAUCCAGAAUGCUUUGAAGACCCCAGUGCACACCAUUGCCACAAAUGCAGGAGUUGAGGGCGCUGUGGUAAUUGGCAAGCUUUUGGAGCAGGAUAAUCCUGACCUUGGUUAUGAUGCAGCCAAAGGUGAAUAUGUGGACAUGGUUAAAGCAGGUAUCAUUGACCCUCUGAAAGUGAUUAGAACUGCAUUGGUGGAUGCUGCAAGUGUUUCCUCAUUGAUGACUACAACUGAAGCUGUUGUUGUAGAACUCCCAAAAGAAGAGAAGGAUGUCCCAGCCAUGGGUGGAGGCAUGGGAGGAAUGGAUUACUAAAAAAAAAAAAAUGAAAAAAGAGUUUUACCAAAAUCACAAAAGAGCGUAGAUUAGGAUUUUAUGGUGGGAUCCUGUUUUACUGGUUUUGUGAUGAACUGCCGGCCUCAAUUCAUGUAAUCACAGAGGAAACUUUGAAAAGUUUAUGCCUGUGCCGCUGAAAACUUGAUUUUUACAAACAUUAUUCAUAAUUUUUUUUCCUUGAUGAGGAAUGAAAUAGAUUUUUAAUGGAUUCAAGUUUUUGUUACAGCCUCAUAAACUAGAACCUUGCAACACUUAAAGCAACUGCUUAUGAAAUUCUUUUUGUUUCUA